CUCGUUUCGUGAGAACAAUUCGUAGCAAACCGUGAACGAGUAAAGUGCGCAUUUGUCAUUGCAGGCAAGCAAAUUCUCGUCAAGUCUGUACACUUCCGCAAGGAAAGUUAAACACUUUUUUAACCUCAGUGUUGCGCCCCGGGUAAAGCUGUCGUCCUUCUGUGCCAGUGCGUAUAAAGGCCUGACCAGUUACGUCUUUUUUAGACGAAACGAGUUCGUACCCAAUUUCUUUUCCCACUGACUCAUCGUACAUCCAUAACUAGGAAAUGAUGAAAUCUGUCUUCUUCGGCAUCGUAGCCCUGAUGUUUGCGGCUGUUGUCAUGCAACAGGAGCAAGCAUCUGCACAAUUUGCGGACACGAAUAUUGCUCCACCCACCGACAAAUGGAUUUACAUGGAAAAAAGCUGCACCGAUAAGCUGCAGGAUCAGAUCAACAAAGAGUUCGAUGCUGCGAUCUUCUAUAUGCAGUACGCCGCCUACUUCUCCCAGUUUUCGGUGAACUUGCCAGGGUUUGCGGAUUUCUUCUUCCACGCCGCCUCGGAAGAACGAGAGCAUGGCAUAAAGCUAGUCGAGUAUGCGCGGAUGCGCGGACAGACUCCCAUUGAUAAGGACAAGUUUUUGCUUAACUUCGCCUUCGAAAACACAAAGGCGCUCAAAAAUCUGGGUGACGAAGAACUAUCGAAAUCGGCGGGACUGACCGCUUUGAAGGCUGCACUUGAGAAGGAAGAGGAGGUGACCAAGAGCAUCCGCGAGCUGAUCAAACGCUGUGAGAAUGAUCACAACGAUUACCAUCUGGUAGAUUACCUGACGGGCGAAUUCCUGGAAGAACAGCACCAGGGACAACGCGAUCUGGCCGGAAAGUUUGCCAUGUUGACGAAGAUGUUGGAAACGAACCCCAAGCUGGGCGAGUUUAUGUUCGACAAGCAGAAAAUGUAAACCGCGUUGAAGAAGGCUGGCAAGGCAUAACCACCUUCUGCAAUAACGCAUUCGGGUUGAAUUUCCCGUGAUGGUGUGCCAGAGAUGAAACUUUAAUAAAACAAAAAAUCGCUGAUAAGAUUUAAAUCCGUUGUUACUAACGCUGUACAAUGAGCGCAGCAUGUACUUGAAAUCGGCUGGCAAGCUUGGGCUUUGGAUGGAACGUUAGGUGUUUGUAUUGUGAUAACUUUUGUCAACCGCGGGUUCUAAAUCGCAUCAUAAGAGAGUACGAUGCAUUGUCAGUCAUUGAAAAUUGAAAUAAACCUAGAC